AUGAGUGGUUCAGGAAAGUGUCUUUUGGGAUUAUGGCUCUACCGUAACGGCUCAGACUGGCAGGUCAAGAACGAGCAUCAUCAUCCGAAGCUCGCGGAGAUCCAGGCGCAGCAGUAUCAUGAGGGUGAGAGGAUCUCUGUCAUCUUCACCGUGAAGAACCAAGUUGGGGGGCUAGUGAGGGUCCUGUCAGUCUUCCAAGACCUUGGAAUCAACGUCCUCCAUAUUGAGUCCAGGAAAUCCGCGAUGGAAGCCUCCGCUUCGGACAUCCUAGUCGACGUGGAGUGCGACUCUCGUCGGAUGGAGCAACUGAAGCGGAUGAUGAAACGCGAGGUGCCUGACUUCGAGGUGGUUUCGUCGCAGGAGGAGUUCCCACCACCUACGCCGCUGUCGGCCGCUGCGAGCUUCGAUUUUGGUGAGAUGCACUGGUUCCCCCGCAAGAUAUCGGACCUGGACCGAGCUCAGAAUGUUCUUAUGUACGGUUCUGAGCUGGACGCAGAUCAUCCAGGAUUCAAGGACCCGGUCUACCGCAAGCGACGGGAGCAAUUCGCCGCCAUCGCCAAUAAUUAUAAAUACGGUCAACCUAUUCCAAAAGUUCAAUAUACGGAUGUCGAGAUCAAAACUUGGGGCAUAGUAUUUCGGGAGCUGCACAAACUAUACCUAAAGCACGCGUGUGCAGAAUACUUAGAGAACUGGCCCCAGCUCGUGAAAUACUGUGGCUACAGAGAGGACAACCUGCCUCAGUUAGAGGACGUAAGCGCGUUCCUGAAGCGCAAGACCGGGUUCCAGCUGCGUCCAGUAGCUGGGUACCUCUCACCUCGGGACUUCCUCUCUGGACUCGCCUUCAGAGUGUUCCAUUGCACGCAGUACAUCCGCCACUCUUCCGAUCCGUUCUAUACGCCUGAACCGGACUGCUGCCACGAGCUGCUCGGCCACAUGCCGUUGCUGGCUAACCCCAGCUUCGCGCAGUUUUCGCAGGAGCUCGGUCUGGCGUCAUUGGGCGCCAGCGAUGAUGAUAUCGACAAGUUGGCUACGCUCUACUUUUUUACCGUCGAGUUCGGCUUAUGUCGCCAAGAGGACGGCUCCUUCCGAGUCUACGGCGCUGGUCUUCUGUCCUCCGUAGCUGAACUUCAGCAUGCCCUCUGCACUCCGGAGAAGAUCAAGCGGUUUGAUCCUGAUGUCACUGUGAAUGAAGAGUGCAUCAUCACGUCUUACCAGAAUGCGUACUAUUACACCGACUCGUUUGAAGAGGCUAAGGAGAAGAUGAGAGCCUUUGCUGACAGCAUCCAAAGACCGUUCGGAGUUCGCUAUAAUCCAUAUACUCAGAGCGUAGAAGUAUUGAGCAAUGCGCAGAAGAUUACGGCUUUGGUGAGAGAACUACGAGGUGACAUCUGUAUUGUGUCCUCAGCGAUCAAGAAGAUAUCUGCGCAGGAUUCUACUCUUGAUGUGGAGACGAUUGCGAAUAUGCUGCAUACUGGGUUACAGGUGAACGAGAGAAGUCCGCAAAGCACAUCCGGCGGAAGCUCACCCAAUUCGGAGCGCGGACAGUCGCCACGACCGGAAACCGCCAAAUAAAGCUCGCAAGCUUUCACAAAGCUCUGAAGCUUUUAUUAUUAUAUUUAGAACACACUUCUUGAUUCAUUUUCAUGUUAAAAUG